AUCUAUCGCCCUUCCUCACUGCCAAUCUGCGUAGUCACGACGUACAUUCUAAGCAGUGAGAAAAAAGCAUUUUAAGCAGUGUAAAAUGGAGGCAAAAAUUGUCAAGAUGAAAAUGGAUUGUGGUCGAGCCCCUGAGUCAAUAUUUGACAAUUCGUUGGUCAUGUCCAACAUCCUCUCGUUCCUCUGCCUCGAAGACUUGCAAAAUGCUCGCCUGGUCUCAAAAUCCUGGUCACAACACGCCAUCCCACCCAUGAGAAAGUUGACCAUUGUUAAAAUAUACUGUAAAUCGAUUCCCUGGUUGGAUUCUUACAUUGAAGCCACACAACGUGCCGACGGAUCCUUUGAACACUACAACUUUGCAAUCUGUCACGACAUGGACUAUCCAACGGCAUCGGCGGAAAACAACUUGAAAAUUUUGAAAUUUUUUCAAACCAUAGAAUCCAACCGCCCCGGUAGGAUACGAUUUUUUCGUGCGAUUCUGGGAAAAACUGAUCUUGAUUUCUUGGCCCGAAUUUUAAUGUGUUUAAAUAAGGUGGAGAGACUGGAAAUCGUUCUUAGCCCGCAGGCGAAGGUUUAUGAAGCACUGGGGACAUUUGAGACGCUUCCAGUAUCGAAAGGAAAUUUAAAAUCUGUAAAAGAAAUUGCCUUUAUUUUUGCCAACAUUCGUAGAAAAGAGGCAGCCGCAAUGUUGGGUCCUUUAUUUGCUGCUGUAUUUCCAAAGAAUGGGGAGCCAUCGGGUGUGAGGAAAGUUGAGAUUUUUGAUAGGUCGAAAAAGUCUGUGAUUGGCGGGACAGUGUUGCAUAAGAUGAAUCAAUGGAGGUUGACUCGAUUGGGAAGUAUCAGACUGACAUAUGCAGGAUCGAGUAUCAUACGACAGAUACAGCUGAUCUCGGCACAGCUGUACGAGCUAAAGUUUGGGAUCGUGUCCUGGUUGGAUUUGCCGCUCGUGCGGGAGCUCAUGGUUCGUAAUGGGGGAACGCUGAGAAUUCUGGAGGUGGAGGUCAGUACGGGGUCGUUUCUCACGAGGAAUUCGAGGUGCACGGGAAAGUCGGACUUUGUCAUGCCGGUGAUGCCGAAUUUGUCCAAGUUUACGUACGCAGUGGGGAAAUUGCCAUUAAACGUCAUGAUUGGCUCUGGAUGGUGUGGAACAGGGAUGUUGAAGCACUACAAUUCUUUAGCGACGAUGGAAAGUUUGUCGUUUCUGGAUUACAUGAACUUUAUACAAAUUCUUUGCGGUGGGAAAUCUGCCUUCGCGAAAACCUUCCCUCGUCUGGUCAACUUGGAGCUGAAACUUUGCGGAGGCUACAACAGAUUCCACGACAUUUUCUUUUCUGCUGUUCCAAAAGAUGUCGAAAUCCCCCAAAUUCAAGACUUCCUGCUCGAAUUGCCCAAUUGGGGCACACCCAAAGAAUGUGGUCGACUGGUGGAACGUACUUCUAAAAUAUUUCCCACUGUUAAACAUCCACGAUUUGAGGGGAUGGAUGAGGAUGAAGACUAAACUCGACACGUUCUUAAGUGAACGGAUUUUUAAAUUACGAAAAUAUGUAUGUUAGAUAUUUUACAAUAUUUAUUUUAAAUUAAAAUUUUCAAACGAAAACAUGUCA